CAGGAGUGGGUGAUCAUUGAUUGUUGUCCGCCUGCAUGGUCGGUGGGCGCUGGCCGGGCUGCCAAAUUCGAUAUUUUGUUUCCCACUUGAUUACAGGCCGUUUUGGGGGAUAUUCUUCUAGUUCAUUCCCUUCUCCAUCUCUAUAUACGCAUUCUUGCUUGCUCUUGCAUGGCUGGUCGUCUCUAGCAGCAUUAGUUACAUUUUCCUCCUAGUCCAGUCGAGCUUGUCUGUCGAUCCUCGAGCUGUUAUGCGCUGUAACGGUAGCUAAAGCUGUUGACUGGAGGGCUGAAGGGUUCCUUGCGUCAUUCGAGCGACCUCCACGGGUCUUGUGAGGGCUCGCGUGCCUCAAUCGUGGGACAGAACCCGCACUCCAAGUUACAUUUACCUGUUCCUGGAUCAACGUGUGAAGCUGCCUACUUGGGCUUCAAGCUGCAGCGGGACUGCCACCCCCCCUAGAAAAGAUGGCUUCGUCACUCUUUGCCGGCGCUUUCUUUCCAUUGCACCCUGCACGCUCAUUCAAGACUUCAAGCUGGCUGUUCAUCAUGUUGUCGUUAUUGCAACUAGCCUGUGCUUUGGUUGUCCCGCCGUUGGUCCAACAGGCUGGCGCCAAUCCCCUCCCUCAUAUUCGGCAACAGUAUGCGCCAGAUUCGAUGGGCGCUGUAGCGAGCGAGAGCAGUGUUUGCAGCGACAUCGGCAUUGAUCUGCUCCGACAGGGUGGGAAUGCUGCAGAUGCGCUUGUCGGCACUGUGUUUUGCACCGGAGUUAUUGGCAUGUAUCACAGCGGCAUUGGUGGUGGAGGUUUCAUGAUCGUCCGCAGUUCAAAUGGGAGCUACGAAGUGAUAGAUUUCCGAGAAACAGCCCCUGCUGCUGCUUUCCAGGACAUGUAUAACAAUAACACCAAUGCGAGCAUUUUCGGGGGUUUGGCGAGCGGAGUCCCAGGAGAAGUUCGAGGCCUGGCUCACUUACACCAGAAUUACGGGAAACUCCCCUGGAAUCAGGUAAUGCAAGGAGCCAUCAAGACCGCGAGAUAUGGCUGGACAGUCAGCGAGGACCUGGUGCGUUAUAUGGAAUCUGGUAUGGCUUCCGCCGCCGUGCCGAACUUCCUCGUGGACGAUCCAAACUGGGCAAUCGAUUUCGCACCUAACGGGACUUUACUCGGAACCGGAGACACGAUAACACGGAAGAGAUACGCAGACACGCUCGAAGCCAUUGCACAGGAAGGACCUGAUGCCUUUUACCAAGGCCCGAUUGCAGAGGCAACGAUCGCAGCAGUGCAAGCGGCGAACGGAACCAUGACCCUCGAGGAUCUGCACAACUACACUGUCGCCAUUCGACCAACAGCUAACAUCACGUACCGGGGAUAUCGUCUGUUUAGUUGCAGCGCCCCGAGCUCUGGCGAGGUCGCCCUCUCGGUCCUGAAGACCCUUGAGCUAUAUCCCGAUUUCUUCCACGCCGGAACCGUCAAUCUGAGCACUCAUCGAUUGGACGAGGCGAUCAGGUUUGGAUAUGGGGAGAGAACCAGUCUCGGUGAUCCUUCGUUUGUGCAUAACCUGUCGGCGUUUCAAGAUGAAAUGCUCUCUGAAGCGUCGGCACGAUACAUUCGGAGCAAAAUCUCAGAUCUCCGGACGUUGAAUGUCUCGGCGUACGACCCGGCAGGCAUCGAAUCCCUGGAAACUCCGGGCACUUCUCACAUCGUGACGGCAGAUGCCUCGGGGAUGGCUGUCUCCCUGACCACGACGAUCAAUCUGUUGUUUGGGUCGCAGGUUCUGGUUCCAGAAACAGGUGUGAUUAUGAACAACGAAAUGAACGACUUCUCCAUCCCUGGAUCGUCGAAUGCUUUUGGAUACGUUCCGAGUCCAGCCAACUAUGUGCGACCAGGGAAGAGACCACUGUCAUCCAUCUCGCCCACCAUCGUGGAGUAUGGGAAUGGAACGCUUUACUAUGUGACUGGAGCCGCGGGAGGCUCGCGGAUCAUUACGGCGACAAUUCAGAGUCUGGUCCAUGUGCUUGACCAGAACAUGACAGCUCCGCAGGCGCUGGCGCAGCCACGCCUUCACGAUCAACUUAUUCCAAACCAAGUGUCUUUUGAAUACGCGUACAACAACGAGACAGUCGCGUUCAUGAAGUCGAGAGGCCAUAACACUACCUUUAUCGCGCCCGGUCAGAGCUCAGCCCAAAGCAUCCGCCGGUUACCUAAUGGCACAUUUGAAGCCGCAGGUGAGCCACGGCAGAAAAACAGCGCUGGUCUAGCGAUAUAACCCAGAUCGCAGAAAGUGAUUGGAAGUGGUCCGUAGAAUGGGCGUGUGGCCUGCAUGUAUGUAGUCUUCCAGCUAGAGUCGUCGCGCAGCUAUAGGGAGCUAUAUGGCUGCCAUAUCAUGUCGCUC